GACAUUUUUCGGAAGUGACGACACGCGUCUCUUCUUUUCCGGUUUAGUUGCUUGACAUGGCGAAAUCGUACGAUUUUUUGUUUAAGUUGCUUCUCAUAGGAGAUUCUGGAGUCGGUAAAACGUCAAUUUUGUUCAGGUUUUCCGACAACAAGUUCGACGGAAGCUUCAUAUCGACAAUAGGUAUCGAUUUUAAGAUACGGAUUAUCGAAAUCGACGGAAAGAAAAUCAAGCUGCAAAUAUGGGACACGGCUGGUCAGGAGCGCUUCCGCACGAUAACGACCGCAUACUACAGGGGGGCAAUGGGCAUCAUGCUCGUGUACGAUGUCACAAAGGAAGCGACAUUCGAGAACAUAAAGACUUGGAUCAGGAAUACAGAUGAGCAUGCAGCGGCAGACGUUGAAAAGAUGAUUCUCGGAAACAAGUGCGACAUGAACGAACUCAGACAAGUUUCGAAAGAGCGUGGAGAGAAGUUGGCAAUAGAGCACAACAUCAAGUUCAUGGAGACCAGUGCCGUGUCAUCAAUAAACGUGGAGGAGGCUUUCUACACGCUUGCGAGAGACAUUAAGGAGAAAAUGGAACGAAAGGUGCUGGGUUCCAUGAUGGGAGCACAUAAGGCGGCUCGGGCACAGCCAAAGCCAACGGGCCCACACCUACACUCCGUCGAGCCCGUGCGAAAGAGGACCCGGUUCACGUGCACUCUCCUAUGAUGUCCGUGAACACUGGAGCUCGGAAGAGUGCAGUGACUCAUUUCAGUGCCUAAAAAGGGUGCCUGCCAGCUGCCAGAAUCCAGUCUUCAAUUUCCACGAAGCGACACGGCCGACGUUUUUUUGCGGGCGGCCGUCACGCCACGUGCACCUGGCUUGCUGCUCCUAGGCUCUUCAGGCCCAUCUCGUCCCGAGGCGUGCACACCGCACAUCGCUGCACGUGCGGUCACAGGCAUAUAUAUAUAUAUAUACACACAAACACCUCUUGUUUUGACCACACUGAAAGCAAAAGGUGCCCGGUCUUAUUAUAAACACCCAUGUGAACGGCAAUCAAAGAAAAGGCGCACUUUGUCUUCCACAGUUUCCUUCCCUCUGUACAGUAGUGCCCUAGUCAUAUGGGCACACUAACAUCAGGUAAGUUGAACCUCAGUUGUGGCCUAAAGCAGUUAUGCAGGGUUACAUAGAAAAUGUAAUUGCUGUUGUCAUGAGCCAUGCCGAGUAAUAUGUAUACAGUAAGGUUCCCCACGUAACUGCUGUAAAUAGUAACAGAAAAUAAAUUGAGCCACAGUUUGCAAUUCAAUUAGGGUUGACUGCGGUUCGCUGUACAAUCGGGCCUUUCACACAACUUGGUUCGACUCAUGCAGGCUGAACUCACCUCGGCUUAACUGCAGUUGGUGUGUCCAUAUAACUAAGGUAUAAGUAAUGUGUUUCCUUUCGUUUUUUUUUCUUUCUGCAUCUUGCUUUUACUCCCGGUUCAAGGGCAAGUGCCUCUGCUAUAAAAGGGUCUCAUUUUUUUUUCGUGCUGAUGUGUUGAUUUGGGACAAAAUGUAUUUGUGUUGUGACUCUGAACAGAGUGUUGUUCUUUUUUUUUUUUUUUGGAGACUGAUGCAACCUUAACAGGGUGUGUUGAGUGUUUUGAAGGAUGUUAACUGAAUAUAUGUACAGCAUUAUAAACGUCCAGGUUGUUUUUUUUUUUUUUGUUUUUUCUUGUCUUCUCAUUCCGCCAAUCCUGUCCCCUUGUAAUUACUUUGUUGCCACUGCUUUCAUUCACAUCUUGUUUUUUUUCUUUCUUUAAUGCAGAGCACAAAACAAUGCCUGCAGUUCUCUUCUAGAUUUUUGGAUGCCCAAGGACAAGUUGGCUGUUUUGUCUGUUGUGAUUAGUGUGACAUUACUAGCAAAACAUUACUGGCCAGCAUAUUCCGGUUAAAUAUUAAAGGGGCCCUGCAACAGUUUUUGAACAUGGACAGGAAAUGCUGCUGAUCGUUAGUCGAGGCUCCUGUGAGCAUAUUAUAGCGCAGCAUGCGGCAGGGAAUUUACAAUUAAUGUUCAAAGUCAGCUAGAAAUCGCUCGCUAUUCUUUCGGCAAAUGAUGUCACAUACUCAUAUGAACUCUGCCUCAUACCCAAAAGACAUGGCUAUUGGCUGAUUCAAACAUAGUGAGCUGCAUAGUUAACACGGCUGCCGCAGUGUGUCGCGGCAUGGGCAGGUGUGCCGCGCGCAGCAUUUAUAUGUUGCCCGCGUGCGCGUUCAAGGAAAACAAAAAACGUCCUCCCCUCUCCUGUGUAGCCUCUAGCACACUCACUGAAACGAAAGAUGAGAGAAAACUCUUAGAGCGUGCGACUAAUCCCUGUAACUCCGCUCGUACUUGACGGAUUCUAAAAAAUUUUUCGGCACUCGGUUCACGAGGCAGUAAACUCCGACAGUGAAGUAAUUUCGUGAUUACUUGGAAAAGUGUUGCAGGGCCCCUUUAAGGCGCAGCGUUUUGCCCAUAUUCGUGAGUGCUGGGCAAAUAAAACGCAAACAAGAAAGUCUAGAAGUUUGCAAGAUUCUUACUUCUGUAGAACGCAGAAGUUCACUUUUGUUCCGCUUCAUAUUCGGUCACCAUAAAUUCGGCCCCGAACUUACUAAUCAGCUGGAGUCAAUCUGAAAUUACUUCACAGUGGCACAAGUCGAAGUGGAAGAACUUGUUGCAGUAGUCGACCUUAACUUGUUCACAUUUUAUUUGUGCGCCUGCCCACAAAUUCCUGGCCUGUCUGUCAAAUCACUCAUUGUAUUCAAAACGCUGUCGAUUCAGCUUUUUUACUUGUUUUGUACGCUUCUCCUGUCAUUCUCCUGCCUUUUACUGUGCCUGAAAUUUUUACUUUUUACCAGCUUUUUUUUUUCCAUUUCCCAUUUUUGAGUGGUGCUUUGAAGUUGCAUGAUAUACUUUGCAGCUGCUGUUGCAUAUAACUAUACACAUAUACUCACAGUCCCCUUUUUUCUUACUCAGCAUUCUGUGUGCAAACACAGCAGUUUUAUACACUCAAGUUUGCAAGCAUGCUCUUCUUUCACGCUGCCAAAUGCUCCUCUGCUACGUUUAAGUGUGUUAACCGUCGUCACGCCUGAUGCUUAAUUAACUGAUGCCGUUAUGCACAACUCCUUUAUCUUCUCAGUGCAUCUGGAGCAACUUUUGCUUAUAUGGCUUUUUAAAUAUCAAUCGAAGGGAGGGGGUGGGAGAACGGGGAGAGGGCAGUCUUUCAGCAUUUUUCGGUGAUAUGGAUUCAUGUGUUGCUAGACACUGGCAUCACGUGGGCCAGCUUUCAUGUUGUAGCUUUCGCGUAUGGUUUUCACUCAGAAUCAUGCUUACUAUCAAAUCCAUGUAAUACAGUCGAUCUUUGUGAAUAAAAAAAAAUAAUGCACUUGAUUACACCAAAUGCAAAACAUACUGCUGUUGAAUCUCGAUAUAGUGAAGUUGCAUCCGCUAUAAAAAUAUGUUUGUUAUAGCCAAUACGUUUUCUGGGAGUGGGUAAUCAGAGCAUGCUGAUAUCACUGAUAGAAAUUUAAAGUUUGCUUCAUUACAGUGUGGUUUGACUGUAUUGCACAAACAUUGUGUUGCGUGCUUUAUUAUAUAGAUUGCCAUGUUGACAUAAGCAGUUGUUAAUUGUAUGUUAGUCUGAUGUGUAAUCAUCACAUCUGAUGAUGUGAUGAAGCAUGCAGAUGAUACCCAGAGUGGUAGGAAGCUCACUUAAAAGCAUAAGUAGCGAGGAAAUGCAGUCCAUGGUGCGAAUAAUCUGUUGCAUGCACACAAGCCGCAUGCUAGAAGUAACAGCUCAUGACUCAGGAUUGUAGCUUUUGCUGCCUAUAUUUAAACAUUGAACUUGCUUCCUUCUACUGCUGGCAGUGAAAGCACAGAACACCUUUGCAGGCUUGUGCUUUUGCAAAUGCUCACCGUUUCUGGAUAUUUAGUUGCCGGACACAAAAAUGUCAUAGCACAUGUAAACAGUGUAGUACCAUUGUAGACAAUCGCAUCUUUAAGGUUUAACUUUGAGUUUGAAGCUUUAUUCUUGCAUGAAAACAUUUUUUCCAUGAUUACCCCUUUCUUUCUCUUUUCUUUUUCUCUUGUGACACAGUACUGUGUGUUUAAUUUGUUCUGAUAUGACAGAGCUGAAAUGCACCUGCACGAAAGAAUUUAACUUAUUAUAAAAGGUGGGAACAAUUUGUAAAAAAAAUAUCUCUACAUGGUGGCUGGUGUCUGAGAAUCAGCCAUUACCAUUAUAACCUUUUACACUACAUUACAUUGGUGCCCUAUUGGCUGUAAUCUACGCACAAAUGAAGACAGCCUUGUGUUGUCGGCAGCUGACAAAGCUUUUUGUAUCGACUUACCCUUCAGGGCUUACAUGUGAUGGUAGUCUACUUGCUAGACUAGUUUCAGUGCGACACAUUCCCUUACAUACGGUGUUUGAUAAUGAGUGAAUACAAGUUUGCUGCACUGUUCAGACACUCAUUCUGGUCUCUUUACACACAACUUUUCGUACGCUGAAGUCCACACACUCAAGUUGGAGUGUCAUGCGCUUGGUCGGUAUCGGGUGCCUAAAAAUUUCUCACGCACAGCUGUGCAUUUUUGAUAACUCACAGCCAGGCAGCAUAGGUUAGUGUUAAGUAGACUCGCAAUAAUUCAAUUGAGAAUUCUGACCACUUAAAACAUAUAAAAAUGUUUAGGCUGGCCCGCCAUGUUACGAGUAGUUUUUGAAUUUGAGACAAGUCAGUGAAAGUUUUUGUUAAGUUGUACUUUUGACUUUUUGUGGGUUGUCAGGGCAUCCAAUAAUAUGAAAAGCCUAAACAAGCCCAUGCUUGAUAUUCAGGUCACUGCGUACCUCAGUUGGAGAGGCCACCAAUUUAUCAUUGACCCAGUCGUCGCGAAGGAGACCACUCCAUAAGUGCUUAUGUUUGGACAUAAUCGCACACUCUGUCCAUGUACACUCAUUAUCAAAAGUAUGCCUACCAGAAUUAGUGCAGAAAAAAAAUUCCAUUGUUAGUGUUCGGUUACAUGCUAAGGCAUCAACAAAAUUCAGUCUCGUUAAGGAACCCUUGCUGGAGAUAAUCUUGAGUGUACCUUUAAAUUCAGUACCCUAUAAUUCUACUGAGUAUAAAUAAAGACUUGCGCUAUGCAAAAGUUUAAAUUGAAGCAAGUCAACUGUUUUGUUACAAGAAGAAACUGUCACGAGCUUGUGAUUACUGAAAACCUCUAAAAACGAGUAAAUAUGUAAGCACUGACACAGGUAAAGAGUAUAUAGUUCAUCAAUAUGCUCUGUAGCAUGUACUCUGUAGCAAAGUGGAAAUCGUGAUCUUUGGUACCCCGUUUCUCAAGUGAAGCCAAUUUUAGUGAAGGUACUUGCAUUACUACGUUAUCUGCAAUUCCUGAUGUUCUGCAAGGUGUUCCUAUUUACUGAGCAUAGCACAGAACUAAAAUAUUUGAGUACUUGCAUAGCAAGAAAUAUGCUUUAAAGUCUUUAGUUGCCACUUCAUGCAAGUUAAUCAAGCUUACUCAAGCUAUCUUUUUAUAUGAACACACUUACACCUCUCUUGGAUGUUUUUAGCAUUGGGAGUCAUGAAGCAAUUUUUUUUCCAUUGUACUGCAGUAUAACAAGUGCACCAUUGAUCUUCUGGAUUUGUAUUUUUUUUUUUCAUAGGGGGUGCUUUAUGCUAGAAACUUCAAACCAAAUGCAUAAGCUCGAAAUACUUUCACGCUUUGUGCUGUAUAACAAUUCUGUCUUGCUCAUCUUAUAACACUAGAGGUUUUUAGCUUGUACAUAUACUUUUUAACGUUGCCAUGUUUCCGGAAUACCGGAUUACGCUUGCCGUGUUACCAGAACGCAUGUUUUAGCAUAAUUUUAGCUCCCCAUACGUAAACAUUACCAUACAUAUACAUUUACGCAAAUUACUAACUGAUGAUGAAAAUGCAUGUAAGCUUUAAUUCAAAUAAGAUUCAAUCACCGGUGCGGCGAAAUCGUGAUAGAUUAUCAGCGUGUGCGGUAUUCCAGUAGACACAAAAAGGUGUAUAAAAUACCGGUUUACCGGACGAUGGUGUCGACAUCUUGACGCAUUUUGGAACCACAAUUAUGUACACCUUUGUUUUCGCCUCGUAUUUUAGAGGGAAAAGCAAGAUUAAAAUAUCAACUCUUUUGGAAUUAUGCCACUGCAAGGAAUUUACACCAGCAGAGAAGUAGAAUGCACCAUGGUUCUGCAAUAACAAUUUUCUGCUUGCCUGGUUUCGCCAGAUGGCACCAUCUAUAUGGCCCCUCACGUUUACAGCUACAGUAACUCCACCUCUGACCCGCCUUAAACGACAUGAUUGCAACAGGCGCUCACACUUUAAUUUAUCUAGACCAAUUUUACGGGGGUGGUCAUGAUCUAGACUCUGCAGCUGAAGUCUCCAUGGAGGGGAUCUCUCAAGUAUCCAUGAACGACGUAAAUUCGUGAGAUACGGCCAUACACGUAAAACACCGAGUACUUUAUGUGCAGUGAAAGCAAGUCUAUGUUCCAUAAAAGGCACACGCAUGUAUAGAUUUCAUCCAGUAUUCCGGUAACACUUUAACCUGAGAAGUGUAUGGGCAAACUAAAACCCUCUACUGAUGUAGCAGCUGAACAGCAUGAAUUUGCAGAUAUUUUGCCCCGCAAAGAAAAUUGGGAUGCUUAGUCGAAGUGAAUAAAAGUCUCAACAGUGUGUUUCAUGCAGCCUGCAAUGUGCUUUUUUGAAAACCCAUAUUUUUCCUCUGUCUUUGCUGUAUAGAAGUGUGUGUAAUAAUCCCAGAAAGCUGAAUGCCAUUUUAGAACUGUACGUUGCCCUAGAAAGGUUUGGUCUAUCAGUUUGCAAGAUGCACGUUGUGUGUGCGUAUGGAGAGUGAAAUGUGUUCAUAGACUUCUAAGUAGAAAUAUGCAUUAAUUACAACACAUGCCUGCUAUUGUGGGUAGUUCUGUGAUGCUGAUAUCAGCUAUAAACCACCAGUGUAGGCAUGUCAGAGCUAAUGGUUUGUCUCGAGCUACGGUGAAUUUGCUAUCCUGGUGCUGCUCUUCUCGUGGGUAUUGAUAGAUAAAUUGCAGCCAACUGACACACUUAAGAUUAAUAGAUAAAUUGCAGCCAAGUGAAUUUGCUAUCCUGGUGCUGCUUUUCUCGUGGGUAUUGAUAGAUAAAUUGCAGCCAAUUGACACACUUAAGAUUAAUAGAUAAAUUGCAGCCAAGUGACACACUUAAGUUAAGAAAUAAUCCGCCAUUUCAUCACACUGUCUAUAUUCUUAGCAAAAAUGUAUUGACUGCAUUGUGUAAAUUUGAUUUCCCUUUCAGCAUUGUGAACCGGUGAAUGUGGAAGUUUCUAGACAUGUCGUAUUACAUAUAAGAGCAAGAACAUUGGUGCUAUGUGCGACACAUAACUUGCGUUAAUCCAUUUUCGUACCAUCGGCAGAGCACACUACUAUAUUAAUACUCACAUAAUUGGUAAAUGGUGAUAUGAAAAAGUUGAACUGCCAUUACAGGCAUUCUUUUGGGAAAGGGCUGUGCAUCUUUUUAGUCAGCGAACAGUAUUGAAUGAUCCUGGUCAGAUGCAUUUGCCUGUUACUUGUACACAGUUAUAUGUGAACUUGAGGAAAUAUCAAAAUGCACAGGGAUGAUGAGAAGCAUGUGAUAUUGGUCCAUUUCAAUAAAUGUUUUUUCUUUAAU